AUGACCUAUGAUGUAACCUACUCGCUGGUUUGUCGUCUCCCUUGCCGUUUGCCGCCUUGCCGUCACUCCCAAAAAGCCUCCUUCAUCCCACCUUGUCGGUGGACUGAGGCUGCGGACGCCGCCGUUAAGGCGGCUAAGGUGAAGGCGGAAAAUGUGCAUGACAACUUGGAUCAUAGUGAUAAUAAUGGUAACUGGAAAAAUGCGGCAAGCGGCGUCCUUGGCGCAGCGGUUGGCAAAGCAAGAGACGUGCAUGGGAAGUUGAACCCAGAUGAGACAGAUGAUCAGCAUAAAAUUGGUCAGAACAUUGAUAAGAUUCACACUUCCAACGAAGCGAUUAAAGAAGCAAAUAUAACGCUUGGUAAACAAGUCGGCAGUCUGCAUUCUUGGAUCAACACCGCGGAGGACAUCCGCAGUAAAGCUGAGCAAAAGGCCAAAGAAGCCUAUGAGAAGUUGGACGUUCACGCCGAAUUGAGUAGGAAUGUUCAGAAGAUUGUGGAUGCAAACAAGGCAAUACAAAAGGCCAAUGAGGUGUAUGAGAAUCUGAAUCCCGAGAAAACGGCGGGUACAAAUGGUCACGUUGGCAUUAAAAUCGGUGACAUUGAAGAUAAUAAUGCUGCAAUUAAGCAGGCGAAUGAACAACUUAAAGAACAUGUCACCAGUCUGGAGCAUUGGAAGACUGCGGCUGAGAAAAUCGUCCAAGCUGGGCAAAAGAAGUGUGAGGAGAUACUUAAGAGGGUGGAUGACAAGACGAAGGGAUCAGGCCAAGUUGCAAUUAAAGAGCAGGAAGAAGCAUUGCGGAAAAAAGCGGAGAGCCUUUGA